AAAAUAGAUAACCUGUUGGCCAGCACUUUAGAUCAAACUUUGUUGAUAAAAUUUGACAAACAAAUAGGUCUAAAAUCAACAAAAGAUGAGGUGUUUUCUUUUUUAGGUGUAAGCACUAUGAAAGAGCUACAUAAACCUUUAGGAAUAGGAACCCCCAAGAAAAAUUCUUGAACAACACUAGUGACAUCUUCCCUCACAUGUGCCAGCUUUUUUUUUGAAGAAUUUCCCAUUGUAUCCAUCUGGACCUACUGCCCCAUUUUGAUUAAGUUCCUAGAUAUAUUCUUUAACUUCCUCAGCAUUAUUAGGUAGAUUAAUUAAUGCCUAGUUUUCUGUAUCAUCUACUAACUUGGGUAUAUAUUGCAGAAUGUUAUCAGGGUGCUCUUCCUAUUAAUUCGCAUGUGAUGAUAAACACGACCAGAUCAAGAAUGACGCACACAUGGGUUUGUAGUCGUCAUAGGAAACAUAUAUAAAUAAAUUAUGGCGAAAUUGACAUCAAUAAUCCAUACUCUUACACAUUUUACAAGAAUAAUUUCUACUUGAAAAAUUCACAGCAAUAAUCCCAAGUAGUUAAGUGUUUUACAAAUAUAUAUAUAUAUAUAGUGUUUUACAAAAAUAAACCGAGUGCUAACGCUAUUAAAGUUUCCGUUAUUUUCUUAUUUUAAAUAUAUUGAAAUGAAAAUAUAUAUACAUUGAUAAUAAUAUAUUUGAGUUUAAUUUUGUUUCUACUAAAAUAAAAUUUAAUAUUCAAUUUUUUUUUUCAUAAAACAUAAUAGAAAUAUUUGAACAUUACAUAGUACAUACUCUUCAAAUUCUCUAUUCUCUUUUAUUCCUUAUCAAUAAGCUAUUUAUAUUCAUUUAUAUAUGUUAUUCAUUAUAAUAGAGAUUUCAAAGUAUUUUUAGUAAUACUACUUGAUGGAGUAUAUGGGUCAAGACCCCAUGACCCACAUACUCAGAAGACUAAGAGGAAGCGCGGCUGUCACUCAGUGGGUCCUCCUUCGGCCAGGUGGCCCUCCACCAGUCGUAGAAGAGUCGAUCCAGAAUACGGUCCAGAAGCCAAGGAGAAGAAUUGUCCUCCGUCGGCCGGUGCCCCCGUCGGCCUGUGCCUCCAUCGGCCAGUGCCCCCGUCGGCCAGUGCCUCCAUCGAUCGGUGCCCCCGUCGGCCGGUGCCUCCGUCGGCCGGCGCCCCCGUCGGCCAAGCAACAGUCAGCUCAGAAUAUGGCCCAGACAGCAAUCAGCUCGGAUGGUCCUCCGUCGGCCGUGUCUCCAUCGGCUAGGCGCCUCCGUCGGCCGGCGCCCCCGUCGGCCAAGCAACAGUCAGCCCAGAAUAUGGCCCAGGCAACAAUCAGCUCGGAUGGUCCUCCGUCGGCCAUGUAUAUAUCCAUCGGUCAGGAGCAUCCUUCGGCCGAACCUCCUUCAGCCACAGAGAACUCCCAGAACCGGAUUUCAUACUUAGUUAUUUUUACACUCUUUGUACUCCGCCCAGUAGUGGCCCAAUUGUAAAUGAGCCUCCCAAGCCCAAGAUUUGGGAGCCCGACCCUAAUUUCCUCAAUAAAUACUCCCCUUGGGAGCCAUGUAAUGGGUUCAAAAUUCAUUAAUACAAAGCAAUUAUACUACUU